AUGCAACAGCGGUUCUCUUCGUUCUUCCAGGAAUCGGUCACCUGCACGUCCUCCUCGAACCAGAGCAUCGACCUCCUCAUCUGGGGGGUGCGCAAACUGAUCGAGAGCGACUUCCCGUGUCUGUACAGCCGAAGCAGCUUGGACACCUCACGCAGCGCAGAGGACCAACUCCUCGACAGAAGCAGCUCAGAUUCGGAAAAGUGCUGCGGGUCGCAAGUGUCGCCGCCGGAGACGGAGAGCAACGCGCUCCCGUCGACCUCUGAGCAGACUCCCACGCACGGGCUGAAGAGUCCCGCCGUGCCGGACACAGACUCGCCGGCUGUCUCGGCUUUGCCGUUUCAGGUGUACCCUUUCGGGCGGGCUCUAUCUGCCCCGGUCCUGGGUGACUGCUGGUGCGGCGGCGGGGCGAAUGCAGGCGGCGUCUCCUGCGAGGAGCGACAGAUCGUGGUUGUCUCUGUGGAGGGGAACCGCCAGCGCGACCGCUCCGUCCUGAAGUGGAUUCGCAACAACGUGCUUAAAUCUGGCGACGUUGUCGUCCUCGUCACUGCCUGGGAACGCGCAGAAGACCCGAAAUACCUCAAGGUUCCCGGCAUGAUUCUCAACUCGUACCUCGACGCCUCCAGCUACAAUAUCGCGAUGGUCAGCAAACUCAGUGGACGCCUGAAACACCUCGCCUCUGCGCUCCUCUCCGACUGCCGCGUCUAUCCACUCAUCGUCCCUCUCCCGCGGGUGAACAAAACUUCGGUGGGGAACCUGCUCUGCCAGUGCUCGAGCGACUUGCAAGCAGACGCUCUCGUGGUGGGUUCGCACGGCCACACGUCGCUACGGCAGGUGAUCUGCGGCUCAGUCUCUCGCCACGUCCGGGCGCAUGCAACUUGCAAAGUCGUGCUGCCCCGAGUCUGA